GAGACGCAAAACCCUAAAACUCGUCCAACCACCGAACCAAAAAACCCUAAACCCAAAUCUCUCUCUCUCUCUCUCUCUGCUUCAAUGGUGGACGCAGUGAUAUCAAUGGACAAGAUCAAGGCUUUCUGGAACUCCCAAGUUCACAACGAAGAGAAGUGGGCUCUCAACAUGAAACUGCUCCGCGCUGCAGGGCUGUUUGCUGGAUCCAUUAUUUUGAUGCGCAAAUAUGGUGAUCUUAUGGCCAUAUAAGAUGGACAAACUAUCUCUACAUCGAAAAAUGUCAGCUACACUAGCAAUUAAUGGAAUUUUCUCUUUGUUUAAUUUUCUAUUUUGGCUAUUCCACCCCUCAGUUGAGUAUGUUAUGGAUUUUAAGGUUUCCUCAAGAAAAGCUUCAGUGUAUAACUUCCAGUUAUGAUGGCUAUAAUUGUUUGACAGCUCAACUUUUUAGAGAUUAUAUAUUUGUGCCUUGGGAAGUGAUUGAGACCCCCUCCAAUUACUACCCCCACCACCCCCCACACACGUGGCGGGUAGUGAUUGGAGGAGAAGGAAAAAAAGAAAAAGCAAAAAAAAAAACUGGCCAAUCAAAAAAAGAGGGGGUCAAAGGGGAUGGCUCCUUGAGGGGUCCAACUCAUUUUCCCCGUGCCUUGGAGAGUGCUAGGAUUCUUUUUCCAGUAGAUAUAUGUCUAUGUUCUGUUUGUGAUAUAACUUUGUUCCUCUGGCUGAUAGAUAUUGGUAUGCACACAAUUUCCCAACA